UCUCUACCUACUACAAAAGGUUAAGGACACAAUAGAUAAAAUUAAUAAUAUUUAAUAAGGAAUCUCCUCCAGAAAACUGAGCAAUAACCUAAAAAAUGCAUUUUUACUAUACGAUCGUCGAUUAUUCACGUAAUCGUGGCAUCCAUCUUAGUGUUUGUUUAGCAAGAUGGCGCCGCUGUGAUAUCUCAGGUGAGACAUUUAUGUGUUAUUAAUAUCAUUACGUAUUUCGAGUUCAACGCGUGUGAAGGUACAUAAUCAGGAUUUAAGUGCGGGGCAGGUAUGACUGAUAACGAGAUGGACUCGAAGGACGAGCAGAAGCCUUCACCUGAAGAAGUUAAACCAAAAAUAGAUACUUCAGACACAGACUCUCAACCACCUCAGAUUUCCGUUACUUCUGGCGGAGGUGUGAUACGAAGAAAUUUUAUAACUACAGCUGGAACCAUAGUCGAAACAAACGAAGAACAGCCGCCAGAACCCACCACCGAAGAGAUUGUUAACACAGAAAAUUCAACUCCACAGGAACAAAGUCCUGUGGAACAUAAAAUUGAGCCAACAGAGACAACAACUUAUCAAGAUCUGCGCAUGGAAACGCAUCAAAGGGAACAGUUUACGGAACCAAAACAGUACACAGUAGAAAUGCCAGCAGAAAGCUUCUCAGGACAAAACUUUUCACAGGAUAUCGGUUACACCAGUAAUAUAGCUACUGUUAAUAUAGAAGGUAAUGAGGUGCCUAUAACGAUAUCUUCGGAAAUAGAUCAACCCGGAGGUGAUUAUACAAGUCUGCAGACAGCCCAAUACAAUAACGGUUAUACCGACGGUCCACAGUAUUUACAACAACAUCAGUAUCAAAAUUUAUACGUUGACAGAGGCAGUGUUGAAAAUUCACCUCCAGCAACUUUAUUGUUUAAAGACGAUCCCAAUUUAGCAACAGCUAGAUAUCCGACAAACUACGACGUAUCUAGCAGUCAAUCGCAGCUGAAUCUUCUUCCAAAUGACACCUACUUCACCACAACAGCCAAUUGGGCUUCAACGAGCACCGGAUCCUACCAACAACAAUACAGCAAUACCAUCAACAUCCUUCACCAAGCGGACAGUACGCAGUCAUAUGGAGGAGGUCCCUACGUGAAUACAGCAUGGUCAUCCAGUCCGAUGGAGGAUGGACGUCCACCAAGCCAAGAGGUACUAGUCAAAGAGUGCGUGAAUUGUGGUGCUAGUGUUACACCCCUUUGGCGUAGAGACGGUACCGGGCAUUAUCUAUGUAACGCGUGCGGGUUAUACCACAAAAUUAAUGGGGUUCACAGACCUCCGAUUAGGCCUUCGAAAAAACCACAGGCGACAGGAAACAGAAGAAAUGGUGUUUCAUGUGCAAAUUGCAAAACAAACAACACAACACUUUGGCGAAGAAACAAUCAAGGGGAACCAGUUUGCAACGCUUGCGGUCUCUAUUUUAAAUUGCACGGGGUUAACCGACCGAUGAGUAUGAAAAAGGAUGGCAUCCAAACACGUAAGAGAAGACCCAAAAACUCCGGUGGAAAUCCUGGCCCAUCUGGUCAAGUCAGGCUUGGUAACAUCUACCAAUAUCAACAUGCUCCAGAACUUGAAAUACAACAGGACACCUACCAGUUGCCUAUUAAUGUAUAUCCUUCACCCACUCAAGGACCUUACAGACAAUACGCUGCUGAGAAUCUUCGAGGCUUAAAGUAAGUUGUGCUCAGCCAUUGCAACCAAUUAUUACCACAGAUGACGAACAGACAAGCGUCAUAACAUCUACCUCACAACAAGCACGGUUUCGAGUCGAUACAGAAGAGGACGAUGGUAGUAACAACCCACCUGCCAAUGCUUAGGAUCAAUUUUAAUAAUGUAGUGUUUAAAGUUUAGUGUAUACCAUUUUUCUAAAUAUAAAGUAUAGGUCGACAGAAAUAUCUGAACCUCCCAAGGUCAGACCGAUCGAAAACUUUGGUUACGCGACGUUGUCAGGUCAAUAGGGUUUCAAAUGUUUUUCGGUUUUUUAUUUGUUACCCGUUUCACAGUAAAAUUUCUUCUGCAUACUCCUGCGUAAAUUUUAAAACAUUGUGCGUAAAAUUUCACGCGCUUGUGCACAUAGUGUCCUAUUUUUCACGGCACUUACAAUAUUCUACUACUACUAUCGGUUUACAGCGUUCUAUUCUCUGUUUAACCAUAGAACUGGAGGGAUUUCUCUUUUCUCUAGCUCUUUUGCAGUUCGCUCCCUCUAGCUUCUUCUCGGCCUUCCUCUUUUCCUUGCCCUUUGUGGUGUCCACCACAAAAUCUGUUUAGGGAUCCUGUUAUCUGGCAUUUUCUGUAUGGUCGUACCAUAUUAGUUGUUUUGUUUUUAUGCCAUCAAUUAUUGUAUGUGUGACUCCCAUCAUUUCUCGUAUUCUCUCAUUUGGUAUCCGAUCUCUUCUUGAUUUGCCUGCUGCUCUUCUCCAGAAGUCCAUUUCAGUUAGUAGUAACAUUCUCCCUGUUCUUUGUUUCAGUGGUGAAACUUUACUGAAAUAAUAUGAUUAUAUGAUGAUCUACCAUGUAUGUUUCUAUCUUUUAUAGCAGCAUCGAGUGUUUCAUUUUGAUUUAUUUUCAUGCCCAGGUACUUGUAUUCGUCACAGUAUUUAAUUUCUACCCCAGCUUCUAAUGUAAUGGGACUGCUUUGCCUCUCCAAUACACAUGGCUUCAGUUUUCUUAAUGUUGACUUCGAGACCCCAUUUAUAUUCUUCUAUUAGUUUCCGCAUCAUGUAACUCAAGUCGACAUGAUCCUGAGCAAUCAGAAUUUGGUCAUCAGCGAAACAAAGUGUAUAGUGUUUUAUCGUCAUUGAGAGGGAAUAUCAUGCCAUUAUAUUUUCAAUUUACAGCUUGAGUGUUUGUUCCAGAUAAAUUUUGAAAAAGGUAGGCGAAAUACAGCAACUCUGGUUCGAUCCUUUCAUGACCUUAAAUCCCCCAGACAUCCUUGAUGCAGUUUUAAUUUUUGUAGUCGUUCCAUUAUACAGAUUUUGGACUGCUUUGAUAAGACCAUCGACCAUGCUUAAUGUUGGUUUGCUGUAGGGUUGACCAUAGUUUGCUGAGGGGCGUACUGUCAUAUGCUUUUUUUAAUACUAAAUAUACCAGGUAAACUUCUUCAACGGCUGUUUUUUUCUCAAUAACUUGCGUAAUAGAGCACAGGCAAAUUGUAUACUGUGUAUCGCCCAGCUCUAAAACCAGGUUGCUCCUCUGCUUCGUAAUCUCUAUAGUCAUUUUCUAUUUUGUUCUUAAUAAGUUUCCCAUACAUCCUAAUUAUUGUUCUGUUUACCGCAAUUCCUCUGUAAUUUUCACACUGAUUCUUGCUGCCAUUUUUGUGGAGAGUUGACAUGAUAGAUAAUUUCCAUUUUUUUUUUUUGGUAAUUCGGUGCCAUUUACGCAGUCUAAAGACACUUGUAAUAUCCAUGUUUAUUGAAACAUAUUAAAUUAAUUCUAAAUAUACAACUAUUAGACAAUUUUAUCUGGCAAUGUUGCAAAAUCACUGAUUUCGUGUUACUCUUUGCACCAACGGAUUCAACUGAAGUCCCUUCUCCUGGAUUUGCUACCUGGGUGACCUUCGCGAAUUCAGAUAUUUCUGUACCCUUGUAAUUACCCGAUUUUCGAUGUGUGCCAUUUCGAGAAAAGAAAUUCUUCUCUAAUAUUAGAAUAUAAAAUUUUAGCUAAUUUUUAAUGGAAAAGCGGACAUUCUAUUUUAUAAUACUCUGUUAAAUGUACCUAACAGAAAAUGUGUAGGUGUUAUUAAAAUUGUGCAAAUUUUAACACUAGUGCGAAUUUUAAAGAUUUGUAAGAAUUUUAUGAACGAUUUGUUUUUGGUAUAUUUAUUUUAUUUUUUCAUUUAAAAGUAUUUAACUUAUUUGUAAUAUUAUAAUUUGCUUCAAGUGAUAAUACAGGGGAAAUAAAGGGAUACAGAAGCCAAGUGGAAGACGUAUACUGGCCUAUUUUCGGUAAAAUUGGAAAAAGCACAUGCUCAAAAAUAUUCUAUCAGAGUCCACUAUCGGAAUCCUUCUUCUUCUUCCUCUUUAUAAGCAAUUCUGUUUGUUCAUUGGAGGGUAGAUACCUCUAUGAAAAGUCGUCACUCCAUCGUUUGCGCGAUCGACCGAUACUUCUUCUACAGAUUGGUGAUUUAUCUCUUGUAAUUUUGACCACAAGCGUUUUCCCCAUUCUACAUAUAUGAUUCUGCUUAUUCCAUUCUUUUUUCUAUUUAGUGAUUAUUUGUUUAUCCACUGUACGUUACAUUGUCUUCUAAUGUCUUUGCAGUUUCCAAUAGUUUUUGUGUUGUGGCGGUAUCGGGUCUUGUUUCUGAUGCAUGUGUCAUUAUUGGUCUUAUACUAGCUUUAUAAAUUUUUGACUUCAUCUCAGUGUUAAUAUGUCGGUUUCGCCAUAUAUUGUUAUUGAGACAUCUUGCCAAUCUAUUUGCUUUUUGUACUUGAUUUCCCUCUUCUUUGUCCAGGUCUCCAUAGCUUAACAAUGUAAUUUCAAGGUAUGUAUUUUAUUUCCAUUACUUGUUCAAUAUUGAUAUAGUCCAGGAACCGAAGCUUUUCACCUCGCAAUUUUUACAGAAUGGAUAGAUUUGCUUGAAAUUUUGAGGAUAAGUAGUGGAUAGUCCAAGGAUCAAAAUGUAUAUGAUGCCAAAAGGCGCUUUUACCAUGGGGGUGGUUGCCACCCCAUCUCGGAGGUGGAAAUUUUUUAUUAUAUUUUGACCGCAAAGUUAAUAAAAACGUUCAUUCUAAGCAAAAAAUGUUCUGUACAUUUUUUUGAUAAAAUUAAUAGUUUUCGAUUUAUUCGCUAUUGAACGUGUUAGUUUUAUAUAGAAAAAAUCAAUGUUUUUCGAUAUAGGUACUCAUUUACUAUUCACCCAAUUUUUGCCGUAGAAAAAAAUUUUCACACCAAGGUCGUGGGAAUUAAAUAACUUAAAAUUUCAUAUUUAAACAUUUUUUCGUAUCUCUGAUAAUCAUCUUUCUAUUCUGAAGAAAAUGGCAUUUUUUACCAAACUACAAAAAUUUGUUAUUCGCUUUUAACUCCAGUUUCUUAAAAACUAAUUAUUCUAAGUCAGUCAAACUUCUAGAAUCUAUUAAUAAUACAUAAAUAAAGAAGACUAAAUAAGGCCAAUGACUAAAAACACCGCUAACUUACAUUGUUGUGCUUCCAAUUGGAUUUCUCCAUUUUUUUUUUCAAAAAAAUAUAUUGAUUUUUUAACAGUAACUUUUUUAUUUUUUAUUUUGGAAAGUUUGGUAAAACAGAGUUUUGUAGAGUUUUACAAGAUCUAUAAGUCUAAUAAUAUUAAAUGCUUUUAAAAACCUCAGUCACAAAAGGAGGUGACUUUGAAAGGGUUAGUAUAGAUGGUUUUUUUAUGUUAUUACAAGUUUUAAUUAUAUAGCUCACUCAAUUUUUCCAUCAGAAAAAAUUUUUGCAAACCAAUUUCUUGGGAAUUAAAUAACCUACAAUUUUAUAUUUUAACAAUUUUUCGUAUCUCUGAUGCUAAUCUUUCUAUUCUGAAGAAAAGCGCAUUUUUUACGAAACUACAAAAAUUCUUUAUUCGCUAUUAACUUCAUUUUGAUAAAAACUAAGCCAGUCAAACUUAUUUAACCUAUUAAUAGCACACAAAUAAAGAAGACGAAGGAAGGUCAAUGACUAAUUUAAAUUAGGGUGGUAAUUAGGAGUUGUUUCCGAUCACUUUUUCGUUGAAAAAAAUAGGGACUGUAAAAGUCACUUAAUUUUUGAGCUAGAGUUUUUUUUUUUGUAUUUCUGGUAAUAGAUAUUUUUAAAUAAUUUAAAUUAGUUUAAACAAGUUAUCUUUGAAAAAGGCAUAGUUUAUCUGUCUUUUGAUUUUGAAACUACAAUAUUUAGCAUUUGACGAAGAAGAGCUUACAUAUAAUAAAGUAUAACUCGAUUACUAUUGGUCUUAAAGAAAAUUAAAUAAACGGUUUUGUUUAUUUUUUCAAAAGGUACAUUUUUGUUAAGUAGAGUUGUUUUGAUAAAACGAAAACUUUCUGAGUUAUUAGCAGAAAACUGAUUAAAAACAUUGAUUUUUUCGAUAUAAAACUAUAGCACUUUCGAUAGGGAAUAAAUCGAAAACUAUUAAUUUUAUCAAAAAAACGUAUAGAACAUUUUUUGCUUAGAAUGAAUGGUUUUACCAACUUUUGCGGUCAAAAUAUAAUAAAAAAUUUCCACCCCCGAGAUGGGAUGGCAACCACCCCCAUGGUAAAAGCGCCUUUCUGCAUCAUAUAUAUUUUGAUUCUUGGACUAUCUACUACUUAUCCUCAAAUUCUAUUUUACAUCUGAUGGGUUCUUUACUGAUUUUUUUUUAGUUCUUUACUAUUGUUUUAGUUUUCUGAGAUGAAAUUGUUAUAUUGAAUUCUUUUGCUCUUAUGUUAAAUCUGUAGACUAAUCUUUGCAGACUAUCUUCAGCUUGGGCUAUCAAUAUUGCGUCGUCUGCGUAGCUGAAUAUUUUUACUUCUUUGUUUCCCAUUCUAUAUCCUCUUCCUUUGUUGACGUUUUUGAUGAUUUCAUCCAUGAUUAAAUUGAAGAUCAUAGGAUUCAAUGAGUAUCCCUGCCAUAUUAUACUGUCUAUAUCUAUAGUUUCUGUAAGUGGGCCAUCUAUUCUGAGUUCCAUUUUGUUAUUUUGGUAGAUGUUUUCAAUGGUUUUUGAAUACAGAAGAUGGAUUACAUCUUUGAUUCUUUCUCUGUUAAAUGCUUUCCUCUAGUCAAUCAGACAUAGAAAUGCUGGUAUAUUAUACUCUAGUGAUUUCUCAGUAAUUUGCUUUAUGACGCUUAUCUCAAAUACGCCUAGAUUUGCAGGUACAUCUAAUAUGCCAGCUAAAUUUUAAGCAAUUUAUUUAAGCUUAUUUAUAUAAGCUAAGUCAAAAUUAUUGAAAUCAUUACUUAUACUAAUAUAAAGAAAUUCUAGUAAGGAUUUCUAUAAAUUUGAAUUUUUGUGGAAAUGGCGUAUGUUUUAUUUUUCACUUUUUCCUAAAAAAUUCGAAAGGGCUCUCUUAUUUUCAUCAUAACUUGCUUAAUUUUGACGCUAUUAACUUCUACUGGAGCUCAUUUGAUAGGUAUGCCAAAGUACUUUGAUAAGUGCAUUAUACGUAUAUUUUAUAAAAUGCAUCGUUUUCCCGUUAUUUAAGCUUUAAAACUUAGAUUUGAGUAGGUACUCGUCUAAAAAAAUAUACAUACAUUCAAUUACCCCUAACUCACUUUUAAUUAACAUCAGUUUAGUUUCUUAAGCUAGUAGUUUAUUUCUUUUUUAUUAGCUUCAAUUUUGGUAAUUAGAAUUUUUUUAAAAACUUAUAGUUUAUGAGUUAUUCAUGAAUAAUCGGUUAAAAACAUGGAUUUUUCUCACGAAAAAUUAUUAAAAUCUUUGAUGUUUAAUAACUCAAAAAUUUAAAGAUUUAUUUUAAUAAUUUUAUAUAACACAUUUUGCUUAGAAUUUGACCCUCUAUCUAUUUAUGGUAUUAUUUUUAAUAAAAUAAUUUUACCCCCGAGAAGGGGUGAAAUCGACCCCCAGGAUAAAAGCACAAUUUGGCUUUAUGUCACCUUUGUUCCUUGAGGUAUUCUCAAACUACUCACCAAUUUUCAUGAAAAUCAAUGGAGGUUCAACGAAAUCGGAGACGAAAACCUUCAGUGACUGUACUACAGCACCUUUGGUCAAAAAUGCUUGGUGAUGAGUUUACCUAUUUGAUGUGAUCAGUUGACGGAUCUCCAAAUGAUGCCGGUAAUCAGUUUGCUGUAUCUUGAAGAGUGUAAUAAUUUUAGGGAGGGGGCUAUAAAUGAUGAGUUAAUACACGUCCAAAUAAUCGACAUAUCUCAAAAGAUUUGAAGAUAUAUAAAUAAAUGUACCAAAAAGAUCGUAAAAUUUAGAUUACUGUUUAAAAUAAUAAAGUACUAAUAAGCACCUACGACUGCCUUCAUAGACGAAUAUAGGUUUGUUUCUCUAGCUCUUGAAACCUUGAGAACUAUUUUCAUGUACAUUAAAACAAUUUCCGUAAAAUUAGUAAAUUAGUACAAUUAGUAAAAAGUGUGGUACCUGUUGCUUGUCUACAAAUACCUAUAAUAUACUUUUACAUUUCAUUAUAAUGCUGAUCUCUAGUAUAAUAUACUACUGCAGAAACAAAUCUAUGAUUUUAAAUACUUUGUUAUAAAAUUUUUAAAUAGAACUUUAAAAUUAUUGGUUUAAAAGUUACCACAGAUAAAUCUGUAAAUAUUUAAAACGUUUAAUAGAAUAGUAGUACAUACUUAUAUAUCAUUUUCUAACUUUUUAUAUUGAAAUUAUUUUUUAAACGAAACAAAAAAUAAUUUCGUCUGUAGGUUUUUGGUAAACAUUAGCUGUAAGUUGUGAAGUUGGGAAAUUAUUGUUUUUAAGUGUGAAUAUGGGCUUGGCUUUCGUUUGAUAUAUUUUAUAGUUCAACUGGCUUUUAAAAAAGUUUUUUCCUUGUCUAAAAUCUCACAUGGAAUGUAUCUGGCGACUUCUUCUUUUUCUGAAGCUGCUUAUCCAUUCCGAAAAUUGGCAAUCAGCAGUUCUCAUCUUAUUUACAGUUCCACAGAAUGGUCAGUGAUUGUUAGUUAAAAAUAUUUUCUUCAAUUUUUCUAGACAAGAAAUACACUUUAUUCCAGGACAUUAUUUUUAAUCGAGUUUUUGCUAACAAAUUAGUUGUAAUAGAGUCAGUUUAUUGCAUAUAAUUUUGUUGCGUUGUUCUGUUCGUCGGUUUUCUGGUUCCGAUAAGACUUGCCUUUAGGAUACAGCUAGCAUUCGAUAAAGCUUGCCUUUUGGAUACCCAACUACCGUUCGUAUGCUUCGUUUCAAGUUUCGACAUACCUCCAGCUGAGAUUAAAUUGGAUGAUACUAGAGGUGAGAAGUUACAUAAAUAUAUCAAAGAAUAACACAGGUAUCCUAAGUCGAGCUCAACGAUGACAGAAUCCUCAACAAAAGGGCAAGAUUUGGCUUGACCCUGAUGAUCAGUAUGCAUAGGAACUGCAAAAGUACAGCUUAUCGAUUCAUUACUCUUAAAAAGUUUUCCGCAAGAGGGGACAGAGAAGUUACUAUAGGGAUAAGUAACUUUUGAAGCCAAGGGUUCAUAGCGACGUCGCUUUUUGACGCUUGGAUCUUUUUAUCAUUGCGAGGAACCGCAGGUUCGGAUAUUUGGUUGGCGCACUUACUUGAGCGGGUAAUGGCGCAGACCCACCAUCCGUGGUAUUAUACCUAAACGACUCUAAGGCCGUAUUUUUUCUAGUCAAAGAUGGCAACAUAUCACUCGGAGUUCGUAGAGUCGAAAGGGUCAAACUUCACAUUUGGCAAUCGUAGGUCGCUACGAUUGUUGCACGAGUUUUUAUUUCCGUUGGGAAUAUUGGUUAACGCCGUUAACGGUAGGGAUCGAUCUUUGCUGGUAGUCCAGAUCUUAGUAUGAAAAUGGGUUAUAAUCUUUUCGAUGUUGGAACUUGGAAAUGUCUGUAGACGAUUUACGUACCUGGCAGGGUGUUUUACCUAAUAGAGCAGUUUCCACGUUGCUAUCUAUUUAGAAUCAGCUCUAAGAUUAGGUAUUCGCCUUUUCCCAAAAAAGGAUGUAUUUUAAUCAAACUCUGUUUACUCUGAUUGGAGUACGAAGGGAACCAUUCUCGUUGGAACUUUACCGCGCUGAGAAGAUGGGACGAGAAUUAUAAAUUGUAAAAUUCCGUCAUCUUCCUUAGUCUUAGCAUCCGUUAUGGCUUGAAAAUUGUAGAAGCCUCGGAGGUGUAACCAGAGAAGGUUUCCAUUGUUUUCAGUCUGGUGGGAUGUGGAGUAGCAUUAUGCUGUUUUAUAUGCCAUUAGAUUGAAAACUUAGUCUGAUGUAAUUUAAGUUUUGCUCUUUAUUCUUAUCUCUACUUAUUGUUUUUUAUCCUUUUUGUCUAACAUCAAGCUUCAGUUUUGCAUUAACCAGAAUAGUGCGAAGUCUUAUUUGAAGAUUCUACUUUUUCCUAAUUAGUACCUCACCUUGUUUCCAGACUUUCUCAAGAGCCCAGGUGCAAAAUUUCGGGGCAAUGAUUUUUAAGUGCAUUAAUUUUUUUCGAAUCUUGAGAAAACUAAUUAGUAUUUUUGAAAAAUUUAAACGCAGAAUGAAAGAUUACAUUAUUACCGAGGGCUAAAAGACCCUGAACCUUCUAUAAUGUCUAUUGUAAUAAGUUACAGGGGUGAGAAAGAAGAGAUAAUUUAAUGUGAUUUUUCGUUUAAAAUUUUUAAAGUUAUUUUAAAAUUUUCAAAAUAUUUAUUAGUUUCCUCAGGAUCCGAAAAAAAAAAAUGCAUUUAAAAAGCAUUGCUUUGCAAUUUUGCGCCUACUCUCUUCACGACAACUAGAAACUUUUUUCAUUUGAACUUUUUUCAUUUGAACUAAUUUUAAAUUCUUGGAUAUUUCUUUCUUGGACUUCUAAAGUGCUUAGAUAUUGGAUAUUUUUUAAUGUCGUUUGCCUUGUUGUAUUCGUGGUACCAGAAACGCCAGAAAUACAAUUCAGCCAGAAAUACAAGUUUUAAAAAUAUUUUUCUCCAUUCGAUUCUUCAAAAUCUUUCCAUUUAUUCUACCCAUAAUUCAGGUUAGAUAAGUAGAUCAAGACUAAUAAGAGUAAAAAUACUCUUAUUAGUCUUCAGGCUUUAUGUUCUUUAUCCUCUUAUGUCUUUAUUCUUUUCUCAAAUUUUUUAUCAAUUUCCAGAUUUCCGUGCUUCCAGUUCCUCAUAGAUUUGCUUAUCUCUUAGUGGUAGAACUUUGAUUUUUGCUGAUUCCUUUUAGUCAUUUUUGAUUUUAGACCAAGUCUAAGAAAUCAAAAUAAUAUCUUUGUCUUUCUUAAUACAUAUACCUAUACAAAUUUUUUCAAUAUUAGCCAAAUAUACACACUAUAUAAACUUUUGAUCUGUGAUAUUGGAUUUGUCAGGAGUGUGUUGCUUUUCACUUUAGCUUAUGUAAAACGUUUUAUUUAUUUUUGCUUUUGUAAUCAUUAACGUAAAAUUAAUUAUAAUUCGUUUGUUAAAAAUAAAUAAAAACUUAAAA